AUGAGUUGGAAGAGAUUAAUAAGAUUUGUUGCUCAAGAUGGAAAAAUCUACCGAGGUGAGCCAAUCUUGAAAGGGAAUGAUUACGAUAUUGGAAGAAUGUUUUUAGAAGGUGAAAAGAUCCAAGCUAGAGUUAUCAAAGGAGAUAAUAUAUUUCAGAAUUCUGUUGUCACUGAUGAUAUUUUAGAUGUCAAGAAAUUACUUGGACCAUUGGCACAAUCAGAUGUUCCAAUUGUCAAAUGUAUUGGAUUAAAUUAUUCCAAACAUAUUGAAGAAAGUGGAAUUCCAAAACCUCCAUAUCCUCCAUUGUUCUAUAAACCUCGAACAGCAGUUGCUGAUUUCAAUGAACCUAUUCCAAUUCCAAGAAUUGCUCAAAAAGAUCAAUGUGAUUUUGAAGGAGAAUUAUGUGUUGUUAUUGGUAAAACUGGGAAAAACAUCUCCGAAGAUAAAGCAUUAGAUCAUGUUGCUGGGUAUGUUGUUGGUAAUGAUGUUUCAGCACGUACUUGGCAAAUGCAUCCUGAUUAUGCUGGUGGUGCACCACAAUGGUGUUUUUCUAAAUCAUUUGAUAAAUAUGCACCAUUAGGACCACAAUUGGUUUCAACUAGUCUUAUUCCUGACCCAUCAGUUCUUCAUUUAACAACUAAGAUUAAUGGAGAAUUACGUCAAGAUACAUCAACUGGGGAUUUGUUAUUUAAUGUAGCAAAAAUUAUAGCUUUUCUUUCACAAGAAACAACUUUAGAACAAGGUACAGUUAUUAUGACCGGUACUCCUAGUGGAGUUUGUCUUGGAAUGAAUCCACCAAAAUAUUUGAAACAUGGAGAUGAAGUUAAGGUUAGAAUCACCGAAAUAGGUACAUUAGUUAACACAAUGGAUUUCCAAUAG